AGUUCGAGUUUUCAUUUCUUUAAUAAAAAAGUCAAUCCCCAUCAAUAGCAGGCUGGACUGAUAGUGAAGGCUCAUCGGGUUAGCCCAACAUUGAAUGCAAAAAUUCAAGUCAGGCCCGUCUACUUCCUCAUCACUUCCAUGGUUUUUACACUACACACCAAAGCUAUCCUGAUUCCCUGAAGCAAGGAGCAAAUGCCUGCUAAUUUGCAGAGUUUCUAUCUCUUCCUCUACAAUUCUCUUCAGGCCUUUGGAUGGGCAGUUUCACUAUGGAGACUCUUGAUCAGCUUCAUUUCCACUGGGUCAAUCAGUGGGGCUUACGCUUCAGCUGGAGAGCUGAUUUGUUUUCUGCAAAGUCUGGCAUUCUUGGAAGUCUUACAUGGCGCUAUAGGGAUUGUUCCUAGUGGAGUGCUACUCCCUUUGAUGCAGUGGGGUGGGAGAACUCAUUUUUUACUUGCUAUUGUUCGCUCAAUCAGUGAGGUCCAGGAAUUGCCAGCAGUUUUCAUAACGUUUUCUGCUUGGAGCAUAUCUGAAGUGAUUAGAUAUUCACAUUAUGCCUUGAAUUGCUUUAGCUCUGCUCCACAUUGGGUCACUUACCUCAGGUACACUGCUUUUAUCGUGCUGUAUCCAAUUGGAGUCGGUCCUGGCGAAAUGUGGCUCAUGUACCAGGCACUUCCGGUUAUAAAAGAGAGAAACCUAUACGCAGAUCGCCUCCCUUUCAGCUAUUAUAACUUUGUUUUGGUGGUGCUUAUCUUAUACCCAGUUUUGUGGCUGAAACUUUACCUGCACUUGUUUAAGCAACGUUGUUCAAAAUUGGGUAAACGUCAGAAGACCAAAAGAGGUUGAAGGGGAAUUGAAGCUGCAAAUUUUUUUUUUUUUUUUUUAGUUUCAUAAGAUGUAGGGUCAUUUGAUCUCAUACGAUAAAGUUAAUUAAUCGGAGUGGUUAUGCUUAAGUAUGA